GAACUCCAAAUCCAAGAAAACAAAUACAAAAAUCAAGUUAAGGAUAUCAUAAACGCUUCCAUGAAAGAAAUAGAGGACAAAAACAAAGAGAUUGACAAACUAACGAACCAAUUACAAGACGCUAACACACAAAACACGGCACUUCAAGAAGCCCACAAUUUAGCCGUUGAACUUCAAAAAGAACACCAAAAAAAACUACAAACUGCCGAACAAGCCCAAGAAAGCAAGUUGAACGAAUUAUUAGCCCAAGCCAAAAAUGAUAAAGAACGUUUAGAAGCCUACGAAAGCGAAGUAUUAAGAUUAACCUUGGCAAACCAACACAAAGACGAGGAACAUUUUCGCCAAUUGAAAGAUAAGGAAAGAAUACUCAAACUAUCCUCAGCCAAAACCCACGAAAUAAGCGAAAAAAAUGCCAAAAUACACGGAUUAAGCCGAGAAAAAGCCGCAUUAGAAAUUAAAGAAAUUGGUUAUAAAGGCGAAAUUGAACUAUUAGAAAAACAAAAGAAAGACUUACAAGAAUUUCAACUCAAACUUUCUAAUGAAAAAACACAAGAAGAAAAAAAGAACGAAACAUUAAGGCAAACGGUAAGAGACAAAGACCAAGAAAUAAGCAACCUUGCCAAAGCGAAGCAAGAAAGCAAUGAUAAAUUCCUAAAAGAGCAAAGGGAACAUAACAGCACUAAAACCGACAUAACCCAAAAGCAAGCCCAAAUAACCGAACUGGAAAACAGACUAAAAAAUUACGAAGGUGGGCCCAUUUAUAAGGCUCUUUCUUGGGUAGGCGAAAAAACCGGAUUUACCGCCCUCAAAAACUCGGUGGGCCAUAUAGCCCAAGUCUGCGGUCUCAUUAUGCUUUUGUUUGCUUUUUCUUAUUUAUGGAAAUGGCUAAUUAAGCCUACAAUUAAGAACUUUAAAAGCGAACCAACUAAUAAGCCAAACCCACCAACAAAAGAAACCCUUCAACCCCAACCAGUUGAGGUCAUGGACAUUAAACCAAUCUCACAAAUUUCCGUAAACGAAAAAACUUCCCCUAUAUCGUAA